GUUACCAAAUGUCACUUUUUCGCUCAUUGUUUGAAAUUGCCUGCAGAACAAAAUAUGCGGCGCUAAGAAUUUUGGAAAAGAGGAAAACGAAACACAAUACGCCGCGUCUUCGUUUUUUUCUUCGGGUAAUUUUGCAGUCUAUCGUAUAAAUUUAAGGAUUCCUUCACAAUGCACACUCGUCUUCAAACGAUCCUCUCAGACAUCAAGUGUCUAAAAACGUCCCACUGACUGCGCUUCUCUUCCCCGUGCCGGACAUUUAAAGGACAAGUCGUCGUGUCGCCCUCGUCAUGGCUCAUCUCACCAUCUUUGCGCUGCUCAUCCUUUCCUGCCUCUGCUCCGGCUUUGCCGCUUUGCCUCUCAAGUGCAACUUUCAGAGGAACUUCAACAAGGAAAACGUGGAGCUGCUUACGACUCUGGUGAGUUCACCUUCACGUGGCCGCCUCUCGGUGUUUGGGCUCUGCGCUGUUUUCUUAUCUUUGUCUUCCUUCUUCUUCGACCAGGGAGGCGACUUCCCUAAGCAGUGCAUUUGGGAGAAAAUGAAAAUUAAUUUUCCAGUGGACUGCUACAGCUCUUCGAAGACCAGCGCCAAUGCUUUCAUUUACAAAGUUCUGCUUCAAAUUGAAAAGAUUUUUAUGAACGAGGGGAUGCCAUCGUCGUGGAAUGAAACCUGCAAGUUGACGUUUCGCAACAACAUUUUCACCAAAGUUCAGGAGUUCAAGAAGUGUCUUCCUGCUGAUGCUGCUGAUCUCAGUGACAGAAGACUGGUGACACAUUUUGAGGGGCUUCAGAAGAUUCUGAAAGAAAAGAACUACAGCUUCUGUGCGUGGGAGGUGAUCCGGGCAGACGUGAGGCGCCACCUGAUUCAGUUACACAUCCUGGCUAAGUGACGGCCAUUCGCGGACAGCGCCUCCUGUGUUUUAUAAAGCGCAUUUAUUCUAUACGUCGUGUCUGGAUAUCCAGUAAUGGUUUACCCAGCAAUAACCCCGAAUAUCUCCUGACGGACAUUUCAAUCGUUGUUGAUAAGGGCACUAAACACGUACGGAUGGGUCAAUUGUAACUCCUGCUGAUUUAGGCAUUAUUUUUAUGGCAACUAUCUUUUAUAUUUAUAUUUUAUUUUAAUAUUUAUUUAUAUACAGUAUUUAUUUUUUAUUAUUUCUUUGUAAUGGUUUACCUGUCAUCUUUCCAUCCAUUUGUAAUUUAUUAAGUUGUGAAACAUGCCCUGGACUCAAGACGUCGAGAACUGUGAAGUCCAGAUAUUUCAGUCUGCAGUAUUGAGCGUGUGUGGGAUGUCGCUCCGUUAUCGGUGGGCUCCAUUUAUAUCGAGCACUCCGUCCAGGGUUGGUUCCUUUUGCUGCCUCAACUCGAUUAAGAGGCUCGUCAAUAAGCUGAUCUCUGAAUGUAACCAGAAUGUAUCUAGAAUGUGUAGUAUUACACGUUUUAUUGACUUUGAGUUUUUUAUAAUUUUUUGUUUGUGCUCUGUUAAAGCAUUCAU